AUGAAGCCUGAUUGGGAUACGCUGAUGAGCGAGUAUAAAGACCACGCCACGGUUCUGAUCGCUGAUGUGGACUGUACUGCGUCCGGAAGGUCGCUCUGUGACGAGGUAGGCGUCAGGGGAUACCCCACGCUCAAGUGGGGUGACCCAGACGACCUUCAGGACUACAAAGGAGGCCGUGGUCUUAAAGAUCUCAAGAAGUUUGUUGCCGAUCUGAAGCCCCCGUGCGGUCCCACCAACCAGGGCUCGUGCAACGACGCGCAGAGGAAGCAGAUUGAGGACUUCACUGCCAUGGGUGGCGAGAAGCGCGAGGCCCUCAUCCAGCAGAAAGGCGAAGAGAUGAAGGCGAUCGAGGACAAGUUCAAACAAUUCAGCGAGGACAUCAGGAAGGAGUACGACACGGCGCUGAAGAAGAAGGAGGCUGACGCGGAUGCUUUAAACCCCAGGGAGCUCGGGUGGCUUAAAGCGGUGAGGGUCCUGGCCGCCCAGAAGAGCGCAGAGACCGGCCAGAUUGCAGGGUCUCAGUCUGCAGCGAAGGCCUCAGAGGAGCUGUAG